UCGGCUGUCCAUCAAUUCAAAUUUCACCAUUUUGGUUUUUGAGCACUCUCAGUUUUAACCUUUCACUCUCGUCACCAAAUUGGAAGAAAGAGAAGGGAUCGAGUUUCUGUUUGGUUCAAAGGAAAAGAAAAGAAAAAAACUGAACGAAUGGUAAUGGCUAAGUCCAAGGUAUCUUACGAGGAAUCUCGCCGCAAGAGAUUGGAGGAAAACAAGCAAAGAAUGGAAGCCCUCAAUCUCACCAAGCUUGCUCAAUCUCUCCGAAACUCAUCCCCUUUGAAACUCUCCCCGAUGAAAAGCGUGAAGAAACCCCGUACAGUGGAGAAACAGGUGGUGGUAGUAAGGAGGUCCAGUCGAGUGGCAAACAUGCCUGUCCCUGUCUACAAAGAAGUUGUCAUUGAACGUGUGAUCAUACCCAGAAGGACUUCUAAGCACAGAGAUUUGUCAAACCGGGUAUAUGCUUCGGAUGAUGCUAGGACAAAUGCCUUAGAAAGAGCAGACAAACUACUAUCUGAGUUGGAACCUGAAUAUCCUGCUUUUGUUAAGACAAUGCUCCAAUCCCAUGUAACUGGUGGAUUCUGGCUGGGGCUUCCGGUUCAUUUUUGCAAAAAGAACCUUUCCAAGCGCGAUGAAAUGAUGACAUUAAUAGAUGAAGAUGGCGAGGAAUAUAAAACAGUGUAUUUGGCCCGUAAGACAGGACUGAGUGGUGGGUGGAAAGGGUUUUCAGUUGCUCAUGACUUGGUGGAUGGGGAUGCAUUGAUUUUUCAGUUAAUACGGCCUUCUGCAUUCAAGGUAUUCAUUAUGAGGGUAAAUAGUCCCUAGCAGCAGUGUAUCACAACUUUACUCGAAUCACUAUAGGUUAAUUAAGAGAGAAGUGGUGUAAACAUCUUAUGAAGCUUUUUGGUUUUUGACACCUUUUGGAGUAGUCGAUCUGAUCUGGCUUCGAAUCUAAGUGUGUAUGAUUUCGUUUUCUCUCAGACAGUUGUAAUGUAAUAGUUUCACCAUUCUCACUAUCAAAGCUGUCAUUGAGAAAUGUCAAGUGGAGUUCCGAGAUGAAAGUAAAGCUAAUGAAGGUUUUUAGGAUAACUCACUCUUUCAAGCUAGA